UCUUCCCCCUCCCUCCCUUUGCUUUUCUUCUUCCCCCCACCCCACCCACCAAAAAAGGCUCUAGCCAUGGACGCCACCACGCUGCUCCGCUCCGCCGACGCCCUCGCCUUCGCCCUCGCGCGGCCCUCCGCCACCCUCUGCCCUACGCCUCGCCUCCACCCUUCUCCUCCUCCGCUCUCCUCCUCCCGCUGCGGGCCCCUCCGCGCAUACGCAGCGCCCGCGCCCGCGCCCGCCGCGCACAACAACAACGGAGUGUACACAGUUGGCGACUUCAUGACGCAGAGGCCCAAUCUCCAUGUCGUCACGCCUUCCACCUCCGUCGAUGAAGCUCUUCACACGCUGGUGCAGUACAAGAUCUCGGGUUUCCCUGUCAUUGAUGACGACGGAAAGUUGGUAGGUGUUGUCUCAGAUUAUGAUCUCCUAGCUCUGGACUCAAUAUCAGGAAGUGGACUGACUGGCACAAACACAAGCAUGUUUCCUGAGGUGGAUAGUACUUGGAAGACAUUUCGCGAGAUACAAACACUCUUGAGCAAAACCAAUGGUAAAGUCAUCGGUGAUGUAAUGACUUAUGCACCUCUUGUGGUUCGUGAAAAUACCAACCUUGAUGCUGCUGCAAGGUUGCUGCUUGAAACCAAGUACAGAAGAUUGCCUGUUGUUGAUAGCAUGGGUAAAUUGGUUGGGAUGAUCACAAGGGGGAAUGUUGUCAGAGCUGCCCUCAAAAUAAAGAAGAGAGCUGAAGGAAAUGCUUAAACUAGAUAGUGCAAAUGAUUCCUUAUAAGGGAUUGCUGGGACUGAACCUUCAGUCACUUGGGCAUUUAGUCCACUGAAACAUUAUUUGGUGAAAUCAACUACAUCACCCUUAUAGAUACUGCAAAUUGGAUAGCCAAUUCUUCUCAGUGCAUAGAUGGGUAUAGGUAUUCUAUUGUUUGGGGCCACCAGGUUUGGUCGGCUCUUGUUAUUAGGUAGCCGUAACACGUUCUCUAGAGAUUGUUAUUCUUUUUCCUUUUAUCAUUGUCUUUGUAUUCACGACUAUCUUAAAUGGAUCAACAUAUUGAAAUGUAAUGCUUCUGAUAUGAUGAAAUGAUACAUUGCUACGGUUACGUUCUGGUU